GCGGGCACGCGCCCUGCUGCCCACUCCCCGCACGGCGCCCGCGUCGCUCACACGCGCGCACAUCCGCCUGGCGCUCGGCAACCCGGUGGCAGCAUGUCGUCGCCUCCCGAAGGGAAACUAGAGACUAAAGCUGGACACCCGCCCGCCGUGAAAGCUGGUGGAAUGCGAAUUGUGCAGAAACACCCACACACUGGAGACAGUAAAGAUGAGAAAGAGAAGGAUGACCAGGAAUGGGAAAGCUCCAGCCCACCCAAGCCGACCGUGUUCAUCUCUGGUGUCAUUGCCCGGGGUGACAAAGACUUCCCCCCGGCGGCCGCACAGGUGGCUCACCAGAAGCCACACGCCUCCAUGGACAAGCACUCAUCACCAAGGACCCCACAUAUCCAGCAGCCUCGCAAGUGAACCUGUGCCUGGACUCCGCACCCGCUACCCUGACCAAUACUGCCCUAGCCCCUACCUGCCAGCCCAGGAAAUCUAAGACAAAGCCCCUCUCUCCUGCCUUUGCCUUAAACUUCUAUAUUGAAAACAGAAAUGGUCCAAAGUCCAAACCCUGCUGAGAAGGUGCCCUGCUUCGAGGUCACAGGGCUCACUCCAGGCCUAUGAUGAGCAGAAGUGGCCAAGACCUACAUGCAGUCACUUGCCCCACACCUCUGGUUCUGCUGCAGCCCUCACCUGGGGUCCCUUCCACCUGCUGUCAGAAAAGCCACAGAAUGGCCAGGGCUGGGAAGGAUGAGGUGAAGGUGGGACCCAAACAAUCCUGCUUUACAGUAAGAGGACAGUGAGGCCUUCGCACCCACAGGCAAUGAGGCAUCUGAGCAUUCACUAGGAUGGCAGGUGUCAUAAUGUCAGCGUAGAGAACACCUUAGAAACAGCCACGGUAAUGCUGACACCCUGCACCUUGGGGAAAAGAGGCACCACCACAGGCAACAUUAUGCUGAGAAAUGAAGUCUGAGGGCCGUGUGCUCGGAGCUGUGCUUCUGGCAGGAGAGCACGGUAUGCCCCCUCCCGCCCAGGGACAGGGGCCCAACCCGAGCUCAGCACUGCUAUCGACUUCUGCAAGUGACCAUCAAGCAGUUCUGGGGCAAGAAGCUGGCAAGACCAGAUUAAAAAUCUGCCAGUCUGCCUAGGGAGCUGAAACACAUAUCCAAUUAGAGCCAUGAGAUUGGUUGCCCACUAGUCUCUCCAGACUCCCGCAUGCCCCAAAAGCGCACCUGCCUGCGUCACCAUCCCUGGCAUCCAUUGUAUCAUCCUCCCAGUUCUACAUAGGUCCCCCGGACGUGACUCAUGGUCAUGGCAUGCCUGCUCUCCUAAAAAAGCAAAAGGUGCCUCUGGGCAGAUAUGAAAGGGUGCAACCUGACCA